UAAAUUGAAUGGCAAAAUAUUUUUUUUUAUUCUACAACAUUUUAGUAUUGUUUUCUUGCAUCACGCACAGACAUAUCACGCACGGACAAAUAUUCAUCCGUGCGUGAUAAUUAUUUUUCUUUAGCUUAUAAGGCUCGAAUAGCAUAUUUGCUAAUUAAGUAGUUGGAGUAAAACUUAGUUAGAUAGAAAACAGUUGCUUAAAAGAAUUUAGAAUCAAAAUGAACAAAUUUAAGCAUUCAAAAUUCAGAAAAAAUUCAGAAAGAAACAUCCAGAAUAUCGGAUUGCUGAAACUAAUCGAAUGAAAAUAAAAGAGCUAACAUGAGCGAAAAAGAAAAAGAGGAAGUACGUCAAAAAGUUUGCGAAAGAAAGAAGCAAAAGUGAGAGGUGAAUCAAUCUACAUCUGAUAUUGAACAACCCUUUUUAUCUCCGCAGAGUUUUAAAAAGGCACCAAAAAAAAUUAAUUCAGCAUUACCUGCUGAUUCAAACAAAAGAAAAUACCUUUUAAAAGAAAUUUGUAAACGUGAAAACAUCCUACUUUCUAAUAUUUCAGAAUCAGGUCCUGACUACGCCGGUUUGGACGAUGUUAAUUUCAAAGUUCUUGAUUUUUAUUUGCGAGAAGAUAUUAGUAGAAUGGCUCCAGGACGUAAAGAUAUUGCUAUUGAUAAGAAAACAAAGGAGAAGAAACAAAUUCGUCACAUGCUGAUGACCAUAGGAGAAGUAUAUUCACUUUUUAAAAGUGAGCAUAUUAAUUUAAAAGUGGGCAAAUCUAAGUUUUACGAUCUGCGGCCAUUCUAUGUCAAGCUAGUAAACGAUCUUCCUCACGAUAUUUGCCUUUGCAUAUACCAUGAAAAUUUGAGGUUGUUAACAAAUGCCCUUCAAAAAAAAUUUAAUAUUAUGUUAGACAUAGUUGAAAGAUCUGUGUGUAAUCAAAACAACCAAUCUUGCAUGUUUAUGAAAUGUAAAGCAAACUGUGGGUUGCCAAAGUUUGAUGAAUAUGUAUCUAAUGUAAUAGACUCAUUUGGUGACGAUUCCAACAAACCGCUCUUUGUUUUUGACCAAUGGUCCUCAGAAAACGCGCAGAAAAUUGAACAACCACUAACAUCUUUGUUUGAGGGGUGUGUACUACUGCGUCAGCAAUUGCCAGAAUAUAUACGUCAUGUCUAUAUAAAGCGACAACAAAGUGCAUAUUUUCGUUUAUGUCGCCAAAAUGUAUCAGAAAAUGAAUUGAUUACACAAAUGGAUUUCAGUGAAAAUUACACCAUAAUGGAGCAAAGUGAAAUUCAAUCUGCUUACUGGGUUCAUCAGCAACUAACAGUAUUCACUGCAGCAGUUUGGAGUAAAAACUAUAGGGAAGAGUCGGGUAAUGGCGAACGCGGGGUAACUCCGAACAAGGUUGUUAAGGCAUGUUAG